AUGGUACAAGACAAAGCUAAAGAGCAACAAACGCUAUCCAAACCUGACAACGAACAACCAAAGUUAUCGAAAGACAAGGAAAAAGCAAUCGUGAGAAAGGAAGGUUUUGAUUAUUUCCCUGUGACUUUCCAAUUGACGAAAACACAGAAGUUCGGUUUGGGCAUAACAGAUUACAAGAAUAUGGUAAUCGUGAACAAAGUGGAAGAGAAUUCAAUGGUUGCUGGAGAAUUGAAAGUUCUUGAUCUCAUAGUUGACAUCAACGGAGUUCCUGUGUCGGACAAGGAUAUCUGUAAAACUUUGAUCAUCAAGACGCUUCAGAAUAAUAAAACUGUUGAUUUGGUUAUUGGAAGGCCAGUGACGGAGUCAGCAAAACAGACGAUGGAAAAUGCUUUGGAGUCUUCUCAAGUCCAACCGCCCUCUGUUGAAGUUGCAUCAGAUGUACGCGACAUCAUGUGCAGAUUUCAAACGAAGAUCUUGGAUCAAUCCAAUGCCACGAAAGGAAUUCUGAUAAAUGAGAAAACUAAUCCAGUUGGGAAUGUGAGAAUCACAGAAGAAAAUCCGAAAACGGCCAAAAUAGGAAACGACUGUAAAGGUGUUGCUUUACAGAAAGUGCCACGACCAACCGAAUCCAAGAAAGCCGUCGAGAAGAAAUAG